AUGAAUCAGGAAUUUACUUUCUAACGAAUUUCUUCUUCUUCAAUGUAAACAGAUGAAUUAAAAAAAAAGUACAUUCUCUAAAAGAUUCUAGGCUAUGGUCGAUAUGGGUAUAUAUUAUUCUUAUUCUUAGAACUGUAUAUAAAGGUGUAAAUUUGCGCACCAAAGAAACAGUUGCCAUCAAAGAAUUGUGCCAUAGCAUUGCUGAUUAAGGGGUUUGCUAUAUUAUUUAAUUCAAGAUUAAUGUUUAAGCCUUAAGAGAAAUUGAAAUACUUAAAUCCGUCAAAUGUGAAUAAAUUGUGGCUUUCAAAGAUUUAGCUUGUGGAUAGAAGAAAACUUAUAUAAUUAUGGAAUAUAUGGAAGAAGACUUAUUAACUGCUUUAAGAAGAGAUACCUUCUCAGAACAAUAAAUCAAAAUGAUCAUGUUUUAAGUGCUUUAAGGUUUGGCUUACUUACACAAUUAAGGAAUUAUCCAUAGAGAUUUAAAACGUAACAUUUUAUAUUACUAUUUUAGCUAACAAUAUUUUAUAUAGAAAUUUAGAAAUUAAAAUUUGUGAUUUGGGAAUGGCUCAAAAUUUAAAUAAGUUAAAGCCACAAACAACCCGAAUUCAAAAUCAUUCAUACAGGGCUCCAGAAGUGUUCCUUGGUUUAUUAAAUGACUAAUAUUAGGUUAAAAAUAUUGCUCUAAGGUUGAUGUUUGGUCUGCAGGAGUGCUAUUUAUUGAAUUGCUCUUUAAAAGCAAUCCUUUUAAAGGAUCAUCUGAAGUUGCUAGUUUUAAUUAAAUUUUGAAAUUUUGUGGAACUCCUGUUGAAGGUAUAUUAUUAAAUAAUGUAUAGAAAAUUGGUUAGGGGUGACUUCACUCAAAAACUACUCUACUCUUAUAACUGAAGAACCAUAACCAAGAACUCUUCAACAUUUACUUGAGAAAAAAAUGCCUCCAUUAUUAGUAAAUCUAAUUGAUUCAAUGCUUAUUCUUGAUCCUUCUUAGAGAAUAACUGCAUAAGAAGCUCUUUUGCAUCCUUAUUUUCAUGGAAUGAAUAUAGAAAGGUAUUAUUUGUUAUUUUAUCCUUAUUACACAGAUGCCUUAAAAAAAUUUAGGCAAACAGAAAAAAUAUAAAGACUGAAUCGUAAACUUAAACAGAAGUCUUUAACUACCCUAAUGGAAACAAAAUAAUUGUGGUUUCGUAAAUCUCCCAAAAAAGCAAAAAUUGCUUUUGA